AUGUGCGGUUCAUCCUCAAACUGUUUUUACGAGAUCCACAUACAGUUAGAUCUCCUUUCCGAAGAUGGCAGCAGCGGGUUGCUAGGCUACGCCUACGUGGGUACCGUGUGUUUGGCCACUCAGUACAAGUACUCAAUCAACGAGUUUACCACAUACAACGUGGCGUGGGUGGCGUCGCACGAGCUGGGACACGCUCUGGGAUCUUAUCAUGACCAGACCACCGACUGUCCGGCCGGCAGAAACGUUAUGUCCGCCUACCUGUUCUCGCCUGACCCCACCACCGCGGAUACAUACAGCAGGUUUUCCAAAUGCAGCGCAAGCCAAUUUAUCACCCAUCUGAACGGACGAACCGACUGCACUGCGAACAACGGCUUCACGGACGAGCAGUUCAGAGCCUCGUUUUGCACGGGCCUUCUUGGUCAGCGAGACAACAGCCUUGACCUUCAGUGUCAGCAGCGAACUGGCUUUGCCGGAAGUGAAGUGUGCAACGGGGCGAUUAGCGGCGACACGGGCUGUUAUGUCUAUGGUCAAGUUUCGUGUCGAGAUGCCAGCGGUUUGUGCAGCGUGAGACUCGGAUUUGUUUGGAAUGGAACCCCAUGCGGUAGCGGACUGAUGUGCUUUAAAGGAAGAUGCGUUGCUAACUUUGAUAUCUGCACCCCUGACACAACUACUGCUGCGCCUACAACUGCCGCGCCUACAACUGCUGCGCCAACAACUGCUGAAACACCUACAACUGCUGCACCUUCAACUGCUGCGCCUACAACCACUGAAACACAUACAACUGCUGCGCCAACAACAGAUGUACCUACAACUGCUGCACCCACAACUGCUGCACCUACAACUGCUGCGCCCACAACUGCUGCGCCUAAAACUGCUGCGCCAACUACUGCUGCGCCUACGACUGCUGCACCUACGACUGCUGCGCCAACUACUGCUGCACCCACAACUGAGGCGCCUACAACUACUGCGCCAACAACUGCUGCUCCUACAACUGAGGCGCAAACAACUGCUGCACCCACAACUGAGGCGCCUACAACUGCUGCGCCUACGACUGCUGCACCUACGACUGCUGCGCCAACUACUGCUGCGCCAACUACUACUGCUGCACCUACAACUGCAGUGCCAACAACGGCUAGACCUACAACUGCUGCGCCAACAACGGCUAGACCUACAACCGCUGCGCCAACAACUUCUAGACCUACAACCGCUGCGCCAACAACGGCUAGACCAACAACCGCUGCGCCAACAACUGCUAGACCUACAACCGCUGCGCCAACAACUGCAAGACCUACAACCGCUGCGCCAACAACUGCCAGACCUACAACUGCUGCACCUACAACUGUUGCCACUAAAACCUCUGCUCCAUCAACUGAUGCUCCAUGUAGCUGCUGUCGUAAAAGUGGUGGAUAUUUGCCUAAUUGUUGCGUACGACGUUUCCGUAGAUACGGCCUUCUUUGCAGAUGCUGUGAAAACGCCAGUAAUUUUGAAGAUGACGCGUCGAGUAGUUAAGAUGAGCUCGUGCAUUUCUCCUAAUAAAACAGCGACACAUUCAUUUGGAGGACUAGUUAUUGUUGACAAUUGGUUAUCGUUUUACUACUAUUUUUCUUACAUGCAAUAAUAGUAUUAUGUACCAUAAGAAUCCUAAAAA